AUGGUAAGGUGGAAUAUAAAUAGUAAUUUGUUUUGUAGCUGAUAUCACGCAAGAAGCCGACCUUCAAAAAGAAUGCCGAAAAGAAAAAGAUCGAGGCUCCAGAGUUGGAGAAGUUCUUGGACUCAAAGGAUUAUUCCGGAGCUAUCUCACUUCUUGAGGUAAGGGAAUUAAAAAUUACAUUUUAAUAAAUGUACAUUGUGGUGUAUCUUAAUGUUGCGCAAUCAUAUUUUAAAUUUUGAACUUUUAUGUUGUGUCAUAUUAUAAUUCUCUUCUUUUCUUUUCUUUAUCUAAAAACAUAAACUUCUAAUUUUAGCACAAGCGAAAAACGACAGAAAUUUUUUCCACCGAAGAUUCUCUUUGGUUAGGGUACUGUGCUUAUCAUGCUGGAGAUUUUAAAAAGUCGGCUGCCGCUUACAGUUUUGUGUUAUCUCAAAGCGAUGCUCCUAGCGAGGCAUAUGUAUAUCUUGGUUGUUCUUUCUUCUUCUUGGCCAUGUACGAAGAUGCUCGACAAUGUGCUGAGAGGGCUCCAAAGGGACCUUUACAGGUAUUUUUUAAAUUUUUUUUUUUACUUUAAUUGAAUUAGUUUUUUACAAUAUUAUUACUGAAAUGUUAUUAGAACCGACUACUCUUUCACCUUGCUCAUAAACUGAAAGACGAAAAGAAGUUGAUGCUACAUCAUUCACAACUCAAAAGUUCAACCGAGGAUCGAAUAUGCUUGGCCGCUAUGCAUUAUCUUCGAGAACAUUAUAAAGAAGCUAUCGAUGAGUACAAAGCGUUGUUGAAGGAGGAUCUGUGAGUUUAAUUAAAUCAGUCAAAAAGCUUUUAAUAGUUUUAAGUUUUGCAUUUUAUAUCUUUGGUUCUUCAGCACUUUUAUGGCCUUACAUGUUUACUUGGGGUUAUGUUACUACAAACUGGAUUACUACGAUGUUUCUAUUGUAAGUUGAGAAUAUUUCUGAUUUAAACAUUAUAGCUUUUAUAUUUUUUUUUGAUUUGUUAAUUUUACUUCAGGAAGUUGUUGACAAGUACUUGGCAGUGCAUCCUGACAGUCCGAUUGCUGUAAACUUGAAAGCGUGUAAUCAUUAUCGAUUAUAUAAUGCCAGAGCAGCUGAUACAGAAUUGAAAAAGCUAAAGAACAUAACGGCUAGUGAACUACAGUUUGGGAAGGAUGUUAUUGUGCAUAAUACUGUAGGCUACAAAUUUUAUUAACUUGUUCUGUACUGUGAACUAGUAACGUUGUUAUGAAACGUUCAAAACAACAUGGUACUUUUUAAUGUAAACAAAAUUUUAGGUAGUGUUUCGUAAUGGUGAUGGUGCUUUACAAGUACUGCCAGCUUUGGUUGACGUGGUUCCAGAAGCUCGUCUUAACUUAUGCAUCUAUUAUUUAAAGAAAAGUAGGGCUAAAUAAAUUUUGUACGAUGGGGUUUAAUAUUGGAACUUAAACCACAAUCUAUGGCGGAAUAAUACUAUUAUAUUACGAUUAUUGCUUUUAGACAACAUAGACGCAGCGUUUGAGAUGAUGGAGAACAAGGACACAUUUGGUCAGAACUCUUUACUACGUGCCAUAACAUAUACGAUGAAAGGAUAUGAAGAAAGAAAUAAGGAGAUGCUGGAAAGUGCUGCCAGGCUGUUUAAGGACUUUGGAGAUACAGAAUCUGAUUGUGAUACUAUAGCUGGCAGACAAAGUAUGGCUAGUGCUGAGUUUUUGUGGAGGCAGUUUGAUCAAGCGUUGAUAUAUUUAAGGUCGAUCAAGGUAUGUUUUUAAUAUACAGAUCAAUUAUUUGACAAGUAGUGUAGUUUGCUUUGGGGGGGUUUUAUGUAUUUUACUGUACUUUUACGAUGGUGUUUUAGAACUUUUUUGAAUCUGAUGAACUGUUUCAUUACAAUUACGGGCAAGCGUUGGCACAGUCGGGCGAAUAUGUUGAAGCUGAACAAGUUCUGGAGACUCUCAAAGAUCCCGAAUACAUUCAUGACAUUUGCUAUCUACUGUGUUUGGCUCGGUCUUGUAAGUUUUCUUAAUGCCCCUUAUGUUUGUAUACAGAAGUUAUAAGUUUGCUUGCAUGUAUUAUCCAAUAAUUCACUUCAAUAUUUCUAAUUUUAGACAUAAAAAACGGCAAGUCAGAGAAAGCGUGGGACUUGUGUAAAAGUGGAGAAAAUACUCAUGACAUUGUCAGGUUACUUCACCUUGUAGCCAACGACUGUUACAUCGCUGAGAGUUACUAUUACUCCUUGAAGGCGUUUGAUCACCUACACGGUAUUGAUAUUGCUGUCAAUGACAACAAGAUUAUUAGUGCGAAGAAAGGAGCGUUUAUUGGGGUGGUCAAGAUGUUUUCCUGUGGUCGAGUUACAUUGUACGUUUUGGUAGUUUUAAAGGUUUAUCAAUCUUUUUGAGGUUUUCAAUUGCUACAAGUGAUUAUUUGGGAUUAUGUAUAGUUGGUAUGUUUGCGAUAGGACUUUACACUUAACGUGAAUGUUAUUUUAGAGAAAACCUACGAGAAUCUUUGAGGAUUCUGGAGAAAUCAAGAGAAAUACCAAGCGUAGUCAAUUGUAUUCAAACUACAAAAACAUGGCUUAACGAAGUUGGCGUUAUAAUAUAA